UUUCUCGGUGUGAUAGAAACGUAAAGCGUUACGUGCGGUAAAACACGGGCAUGCCAUUUUUACAAAACAUUUCAUAAAAUUAUCGGGUGCACCGCUGUUUAUUCGGCCGAUGUUGUGUUUUAGGAGAUAAAAACGACUCAUUUAGGAAAAUACACCGCUAACCACCACUUGUCCUUUCCUACGGGCGUAUUAGUUCGUCUUCCUCUGCCGGAUACAGAAUCUUCACGCCGUGUGCAGUACGUGUUUUGGCUGUCACCAGUGAGUGUGUGCGGGCGUGUAGAAGUGAAUGAUCAUGCUCUGAAUGAAGAAAUGUGCUGGCCACAGCAUCGUGGUAAUGCUCAGGAACCGGUUAAUUCACAAACUCGGUCAAAAUUAAAAAUUCUCAAUUUUGUCGCCCCUUGAAUGGAAUUCAACUUCGAGCACACGACAACCGUUUUCUCAUCAGAGGGCAAACUGCAGCACUGCGACAAGGCGCUGUUGGCAGCACUGAAAGGAAGCCUGUCGGUCGGGCUGAACGCCAACGACGGAUGCGUUCUCGCAUCGCUGAAACCCAACGACAAGCUGAUCGAUAAGUCAAAGGUGAUCAAGAUUGUGCCGUUAUCAUCCAACCUGGGCAUCACCUACUCCGGUCUGCAGCCCGAUUUUAGGGUCCUGACCAACAGACUGCUCAAAAUGGUUGAGGGAUACAACAUGAUAUACGGCAAAAUGUACGUAGAAACCUUUGUCAACAAGCUCAGCAGGGAGAUACAAGAGUUCACGCAGCUGGGAAAUAUGAGACCGUUAGGUCUUCUCUUGUUGGUGUGCGGCACCACGUUCGACAACAAAACAAAAUUGUUCUCCUUGGAUCCUUCCGGUUCCUUCCAGGAGGUUACCUGUGCUGGAAUAGGUAAGAAUUACUCGGAGAGCAUACGGUACAUGGAGAAGAGGAGCGAGUCGUUUGAAGAUAAUCUGAACACCGCGGUUUGUACGCUUAAGGAGUUUGCAGGGUAUGACUUAGGUUCAGAGGAAGUGCAGAUUGGUGUUUUGCAGGAUGGUAGUUUUAGGAUAUUGAAGGAUGAUGAGGUAAGAGAUAUUUUUGAUAAUAUUAACAACUAAAACGAUUUGAU